AUGGGAAAAGAUAAUGAAAUAAAAUUAGAAAUUACUUAAGAAAAUAAAUAAUGUAGAAUCUUCUUUCAAAAAUCUGUAAAUAAUUAUUAAAAUAUUCUUGUAGUCAAGAUAAUCUACUCGUAGUGUCAGUUCUUGUAAUUCGAGAAAAUCAAAUGAAUUCAAAGAAAAUUUACAAAAGGAAAAUGCUAGAAUGCAUUAAAAACUAUAGAAAAUGUAAUUAUUAGUUUUGAGAAACCAAAAAAAUAUUUAGGGGGGUAUCCCUCAAGUUAAAAAAAUUUCCUAUAUCUUUCUUCUUGAAAUAACAUACAAAUUCCUCUUCAGUUGUUUCAAUGCAGGCAUUAUUUUUCCAAGUCCAAAAUGUUUUUACAUAAGUAUUAUACUUCUACAUCUAUCUUCUGUUAAAAAUCUUUACAAAAUAACUAUUAACAAUUUCCGUUUUCAUAUUUACAAUAUAACAUUUAUUCACACUUACUUUUAUAAUUAUUGUACAUGUGGCAACCUUAAAUAUCAGCUAUGA